ACGGAGAAAACACUUCGGGGAACACUGAGGACAUAAGACACUGGAACAGGGAAGUCACAGAGAAAGAGCAAAACCGCAGGAGGGAAGCCAGAGACGGGAUGCUUACUAUGAGGAGUGAACUAUGUUCCGGCACUGGAUCUACAAGUCAGCUGGUCUUUAUGCUGUCUGUCCUCAUUCGUUCCAGCUGCGCUGAUUAGGGAUUGCCUGCAGCUUUGUAUCGAUCCAUUGUGGUUUUGAUGAAGGAGCUGAGCCGGAAGGCAAAACUCUCAAUUUACCGGUCAAUCUACGAUUCCAUUCUCACCUAUGGUUAUAAGCUUGGUUAUGACCGAAAGGACAAGAUCACGGGUGCAAGUGGCCGAAAUUAGUUUCCUCUGCUGGGGGGCGGGUCUCUCCCUUUGAGAUUGGACUGCUUCAGACUAUCCCCAGUUUGUCAAGAUUGUUGAAGUAGGGCCCAGAGAUGGUCUUCAAAAUGAAAAGGAAAUUGUUCGGACAGGGGUGAAAAUCCAGCUGAUAGACAUGCUCUCGGGAUCAGGCCUGCGUGUGAUCGAGGCCACCAGCUUUGUCUCCUCAAAGUGGAUACCGCAGAUGGCUGACCACACGGAAGUUCUCACAGGCAUCCAGAGAGUGCCUCAUGUUCAGUACCCAGUAUUGACACCCAACAUGCAAGGCUUUCAGGAUGCGGUUGCAGCUGGCGCUACUGAAAUUGCAGUUUUUGGUUCGGCGUCUGAGACCUUCAGCGUGAAAAACAUUAACUGCUCUAUUGAAGAAAGCAUGCUAAGGUUUGCAGAGGUUGUCAAGAGUGCCAAAGAGCGAGAGAUUCCAGUUCGCGGAUACGUUUCUUGUGCCCUUGGUUGCCCUUACGAGGGAAACAUAGAACCUACCAAAGUUGCAGAGGUGGCAAAGCGGUUAUAUGAGAUGGGAUGCUACGAGGUCUCUCUGGGGGACACCAUUGGCGUGGGCACUCCCGGUACCAUGCGGAAAAUGCUGCAGUGUGUGUUAAAGGAGAUUCCGCCCAGCGCUGUGGCGGUUCACUGCCAUGACACAUACGGGCAAGCGUUGGCAAACAUCCUCACCGCACUUCAGAUGGGGGUGUGCGUGGUGGACUCUGCAGUGGCCGGCCUGGGAGGUUGCCCGUACGCUAAGGGAUCAUCUGGCAAUGUUUCAACAGAGGAUGUCCUCUAUAUGCUCCACGGCAUGGGCAUCGACACUGGGGUAAACCUUGCCAAAAUCCUGGAGGCAGGUGACUUCAUCUGCAAUGCUUUACAUCGCAAGACAAACUCCAGAGUUGCUCAGGCAAGAAGCAGGAUGCUAUGAUCUUGUUUCUGUCAUAUAUUUGACUGGAUUUCCUGUACUGUAAGUUCUCUCAUUGUUGUUGCUGCCAUUAAAUUGACAUAUGUUGACGGAA